AUGAUGAAUAGUCAGGCUCUCUAUCAAAAUGCAUCCAAACUCCUCUGCGUGGUAUCAUCAAAAAAGACCGGACUCAAGAAUGCAUUUUACUCUCUCGAAGGACCCGUAAGAUUUAUUUUGUUGGUUGCAGUUCGCAGAAGUCGAAGGCGCUCUUUGCCUUUGUCUCCCGUUGUCUUUCGGCACAAAAGCAACUUUUAAAAGGUUUGCGCGACACAGGGACUGUCGACGACAAAAUUUUGCGGCACCAGAAGCACACAACAGACCUAACUAGACCUGCAUGCAGCACAUGUAUGUUGACAGUCGUGGCUUUCGACUUGAGUUGCUGCCGAAAACCGUUUGGACAUCGACGGAUCGCCUUACAGAUCCUCAGGAAAAAUACAAAACUCCCGCACGCAGCCUCCUCCCUUCGAAAGUCGAUCAAACGCAUUCUUAAAGAAGGUAUCAAUGAGCGUUUUGUCCACGUAAUGUUUGGUUUUUCUCUACCAGUUUCUGUGAAUACCUUUUCCGAAAGAAGUCUUUAUUUCAAAUUGUUGCAUUAAUGGGCGAACGAUCAUUCUUGUCUCCUGUCUACAGUUGUUUGAAGGCUGCACUGUUUUGGGUCUAGACUUUCGUAACCGUCCCUAUGUUGUUUAAAGUGAUUUCGGAUAGUGUUACCACAUAUAGAGCAAGGAGCGGACCGUGAUAAAAUUGCGAUGACCUUGCUGGGGUUAUACUUAAUUAUUACCUUUACCGGACAUCCAGCAUGUUCGUCUUUCAUUUUGAGAAAUGGCCGAUCGUCUCCUCGUUGUCAUUAAUACUCAAUGACUUGUUAAUGUUGCCCCAGUGAUAUCGCCACUCCUCAUGGUCGCCUAGUGUCGCUUUUAUCGUUGAAAGCACUGAGUAAACUAACUUUCACGCUGUUUUUUUAUACAGCAUUACUUGAGAAUGGCGUAUCAUCUUUGCAAAAUAUCCCAAAACUUAAUGAUAUCUGCUUUUCGGGGCCGUUUACACUUUCUUACAGUUAUUUGUCUUGUCCCUUCUUUCUACUUUGUCUAACCCCGGUAAAACAUCGUUCUGACAUACACAGCGGAAUCUUUUUACAAAAUGUUUUUGUAGAACUCAUGCUUUCUGACGGUUUUAAUCUCGGCGAUUCGGCCCCAGCAGCCUUUUUGUUACGCGACAAGCCCGUUUUUUAAACCAAUCCUCCUUUAGAAACUUCGGCGGAUGAGAAAACUAUGCGCUUGCCUGUCUUCGUACGCAUUAACACGCUCUGUACUACAAUGCAAAAAAUCAUCAAGCGUCUUACAAAGUCUGGUGUAUAUACCCUCGUCGAGUACCCAACAGAAGGAAUCUCUUAUCGGAAGUAACUUCUUUCACCCCUCUAUCCAGGCAAUAUAGGUUUCUGAAGACGGUGAGGCGCCUCAAACCAAACGAAUAUGUUCGAGAUUUCCACUUCCCAGAUCUCUUGCUUGCUUUCGGUACGGGUUCAGAUCUUCACGAUUGCUCCCUGCGGACUUCCAAUAAAGUAAUUAUUCAGGACAAGGUGUGUUUCCGUGUUUUUGUCUAAUUCUGAAAUGAUUAUUCAUUCGAAAGUAACUACCGUCUACUUUGUCUUAUCGUGCCGUCAAUUAAUUACAACCGUAAAUAGAUGCUGAUGUAGAAAAUAGCGUCAGGGUUUCAAAGGCACCUGCGUAACCACUGUUCCCAAAUUUCUUAGCUAAAUGACCCACCGGAAAGUAAGAUAAAGGUUCCAUACUACAAUAUUUGGCAUGUUUUCACCGCCCUUUAUCGUCGUCUACCUGCAUCUAGUGUAGGAGGAUUCCACAGUCACUAUGUGAGCGAGAAGUAUCACUGCCAAAGACUAAGAGUGCUGGUUUGUUUGUCUGCAUUAGCCCGACGUAGGGAAACUAGCGACAUAAUUCUGUCGUUUAACUAUUCGCUGUACUGUUUUAGGCACGAGCAGAAGCCCUGUCGGCCGCGACGGAAAGCGUUCCAAAUCAUGUCUGACUGGCCUGAGGGAGUUUACUUCCUCGUGCUGCAGGAGGGGAAAGGGAGUUGCGGCCACACAGUUCGAAUUUACUCUGAAUGAUGGCCGUAUAAAAUAGGCGUGACCAGACGUAAUUUGACAGGAUUAUCGAAAAAAAUACGUUUUUGUGAGAAUGAUAUGUUUUAUUAUUCGUUCAGAGACUGUUGUAGGAAAGCAUAUUAAAAUCGUCGAGGGAGGAAUUUUCAGGUUCCUUCCUAUUGCGCAUUUUAGGAUGGGAGUUGAAUGCCUUUAACUUUGACCGAAUAACAGCAAAUUUUUUUAGCUCAGAACCCCGUAGCAGCAUGUUUUGUGUGCACACCUUCCCCUCAACAAACGUAAACAGAGUUUUGUUAAUUAUUGAUCGACUUGUACGCAGUCCGCUGUCGUUGUCUCUCCAGAAACCGUUGGCAAUGAUUGGACAGACAUACACUUCUUCAGUAGUUAUUUUAGCUAUGUGAUCAUCAUAAUGAGCGUAAAGCUUGUUGGUGGACAGUUGGCAUGUCGAUGUGCAUUAGUUAAUUCUCGUGUUUACGGGCCAUUCUGCAUGAACCUCCGAAUGUAGAAUCCUUAAUGUGCUUUUAAGCAAGAAAACUUAUUAAGUGCGAUUACAAUACCGCUUACUAUUGGACAUACUGUCGUGUUGCUUCAUACAACGUAGUAUACUGGAGUUCGUUUUAUAAUCUUUUUAAUUGUAUAAGUCUCUUCAGCCGAAUUAUCGCUAUUUGGGUAGCCAGCAUGCCCCAGAAAUUGCCGAUGCUUGUGUACACUUCGGUAUAGUUAAUCAAAAAAGUACAAAAAUAAUGUAUUUUCCUUACGCUCGUUUUUUAUUCCCUGACGUCUUCAUCAAACAUCUUUUUGGGGAACAUUCUGGUCAUUAAAAAUUUCCAGCCGUGAUAAUUCCUGAAAUUUUCGCACUACCAUUCGUACGAUAUAUUACUCUCAGGUUUAUAAUUGCCGCCAUCACAGUGUACCCCGUGGCCUACUGCAGUAUUCUGUAAACAUCAGGAGACAUCUUUUCGAGAUCUAGAAAUACACUCAUCUGUCUAGUGGAAGAUGCAUAACAUACAUAUCGGAAGCUUAUGAAGCAGGUCAGAAUGACGUUACCGACAAGUACAGGGUAGACUGAAAUGACCAUUUCUUGCUUGUCGGCCGUCGUCCACCAGUCAUAGCCAGUCUCAUGGUUUACAACCUCUGGGGUUCGAAGUCGCAUUGUGUUUGUUAGAAGUCCAGCAUCCUUGUCCAGUCGGUUCCGAUCGGGUAUUUUAACAAUGACAGAGGGCGCUUACCGAUCGCGCACAUCCUGUACGACUUCCUGCGUAACUCUAGAUCGAACCUCAAAGCACAACGGAACGAGUGGGUCCCGUAACACAACCAGUGAUUGUCCUCUACGAUACAUGGAUACUGUGCCGAGCUUGUCUGUUCCAACUAGUUAUCUUGCACCCUUUAGAGGUGUCUGGCGAUCCUAACAGAAAUGUCUCGUUUGCAGGCGGGUCCCCUAUAGCUCAGGCGGUGGAGCGCCCGACACAAGAAUUGCUGAGGUGAAUCAGCGAUCAGACUUUGCUCUGGUGACACACGUUUUCUGGAUGGACUAAGGCCUCCAUAUUUCCCAUAUUCCGCAACUGAGCAUGCCCGAACUGCCUAAAUUAGCGGGCUGUGCUAAGCGUGUCUGUUGAGAGUAUCCAACUCUACUGGUUGAAUAAGCGCUGGAGUCGGAUCUGAAAAGCCAUGGAGAAGGGAAUGUGAACUGAUUUGCACUACCCCCGGGUCGGCGUUUUAACUCCUUGCGUUGCCCCAUUGGCGUAGUCUGCCCGGAAGGAUUUUAUUACUCUUAACCGGCCUCUGCCCUUAUAGGCCAGUUGCAUUCCGGCCAUGGUGCUCCUCUCCUCUCCGUGCCUUCGCAAGGCACAUCGGGUUACUGUGUUAGACGCCUGUGCUGCGCCCGGCAACAAGACCACUCUGCUCAUCGCCGGUUUGUCCUCUCGGCAGUCCAGUAAAGUUAUUGCCCUCGACAGAGACACAAAGCGGUAAGACUUUAUUUUUUAUUUCAAAAUAGCUUCCAGUAAUCGGUCCACAUAAGCGCUUUCAUUAAGCGGGGAUUUUUUCUUCGCUGCUAAGAUGAGGUACUUGAUUCAUGACUUACUCGAGGUCGUAGUUCUGCUCAGACCGCUAAGAAACUCAGAGGUGCUUCCUGAUCACGUGCACUCGUUGACGACACGAAACUUCGUUCUAAUUAGUUGUCUUGUGGCCAAUUACGCCUCGCCGAAGGUCUACACUUGGAAGAGCGACAAUUUUAUGCAUACACAACGUUAUAUUCCCUUUUGACUGCAUAUCCUUCUUAGUGUCACAAGUGCUGAAGUAGCUUGGUGUCAGAUUGCAUGCCCUAGAGGCAAAACCAAUAAGUUCCUGGAUACUAGACUCCAGGGAUACACACCCCUUAAAAGUUGGCAUUAUUACGCAUAUGCUUUGCUCAAUAUAUUCACAACCUUACACCAUUAACUUUCAAAUGUGGUGAGCUUCAUUUAACCGGCUCCUACUGGCUAAACAUGUCUGGGCCGACUAAACUGCUAGCCCAAUUAUCCGAAGUUAGUGUGGAGAACCAUUGGGUAGGGACUUUCUCAGCGUUUGUCGUUUUCACUUUGGAGAUGUUGUCUGACUUCCUUUGGGCGGUACUCAUUUACCUCAUAGUUCUUGCUGUCUCAUCACACGGGCAAUCAUAGACUCGGGCAUUUUAGUCUUUUUUGAAAAUUUACGAUAGCCAUUGUUGGGCCGUUGGCCCACCAUCUGGUCCAGUAGGGUAUUUUUUGCUAGCCGUUGUCAGUUUCUUCCGUAGUAUCUCGUCUGUCAUAACAUCAGUUUCAGGUGGGGGAAGGGGGAGUGCGGGAGAUGCUGCACAAGUCUGCCAUCAUUGUGAUCCAGUUCACGUGCAAGUCAUCAUCCAUGCCCCCACGCUGGACAUUGUCGCAAUCGACGGUCGGACUGUCAUGUCGACUUCCCUCAAGGGCGGUAUAAAUUCCUAAACCGCUCUACACCAGUCCUGGGCAAUAUGAUCAAAUUUGUUUCAGCAUCACAAAUAAUUGAAAAGUGUGGGCUACUUAAGUAGUGUUUUGAUCUCUCAGAACGAUUCAUACAAGCGGCUUGCAAGACCGUCAACCAAAUGCCAGCAUGCCACAGAUCACCUGCCAAAGAUCACCUGAGACUAUGUCUCCUCUCAACUAACAUCGUGACCCCAAUUAACUUGACGGUGUUCAGUAGUGUUUCGCGAAUUCCGACGCCUACUGUAGCUUUAGGAAGCUUUCACAAGCCAAGGACUUCAGAUUUGUCAGGACUAUUGAAGAGGCCAUAAAUCUACCUCCGUUUCGAUCUGGCUGUCUUCGUACUUGAGCGCACGAGUUUCUUCUGCCUUUGGCACCAUGUGUCCUCCCAACUAUCAUCGUGACCCCAAUUAACUGGACGGUUGUAGCGGCUAAGCGGUGAUGGUGUACGCUCAGUACUCCACAACUUCAGGCCAUAUCGCAGGUUGCUAGAAGCAGGACGCCAUUUGGUUAGGACACGUUAUUCUGUACAGAAUAAUGAAGGGGAAAGUUGGCAACCGGACGAGGAUGCGUCCGGCGCUGCGGAGGCGGCGUCCGCGAGAGCGACGAGCCCUGUGUCACCGAAGAUCGCCGCUGCAAAAGUGAUGUGGCCUUCUUGCCUCUGUGCUGUCUGUUCCAAAUCACGUCCGCAAAGGCGGCGUCCCGUGUGUGCACUCGUAACCAAUCAGCGAAAGAGAUCGCACUGAUUGGCUCCGAGCCCACGCGAAGGUAGUGACAGGCCUCGCGUGGUGCAGGCAGAGAAUCGCAAUGAGACAAAUCGAAGCCGGGCAGACGUGCGUGCCAUAGCAGGCUGUCGCCAGGACGUAGGUGCAGGCGCUAGCGAGAGGCGCGACGUAGCCAUUAUGGCUGUCCACUACACGGUUUUCAGCAGUGUUUCAGGAAUUCCGACGCCUACCGUAGCUUUACGAAGCUUUAAUAAGCCAAGGACUUCAGAUUUCUGAGGACUAUUGAAGAGGCCCUAAAUCUACCUCUGUCUUGACUUGGCCGUCUUAUUUUGAACGGGCUAUUUAUGAAUAACGUUAGUACCUGAGCGUAUGAGCUCCUUCUCCUUUUCCCUCAACAAGGUUCCAACACCUCUGCAGCAAUCUUCGGUCCUGUGCCGAACUAGGAGGUCACUCACUGUCUGUUAACGGAGCCAGUGUGUUGGAAGGCGUCGCCUCCGAAAAAAACCAGCUCUGUGAUAUUGACGCCCGCUGUGUGGACUUCCUCAGUCUCGAUCCUCAGGACCCCGCUUUCGCGGACCUGACAGCCAUCCUGUUGGACCCCUCUUGCACCAGUUCCGGUCUCCACUCGCGUCGCCCCGAACUGGCCCAAGAGGGCCCUCCACCAAAGGAGCGGAUAACUCGACUGUCCAAUCUACAGUCUAAGCUCCUGCGGCACGCGCUCUCCUUUCCCUCCGUGCAGCUGGUUGUCUAUUCAACUUGUUCAGUCUACGAAGAGGUAGAGUUCAACCCCCUCGACAGGCGACCUUCCUUAUCGCGCAGCCAGUUAACCUUCCAGCGGUAACAGAGUACUGAAUUACCACUUCCGAGUUUUGGCGGACUGUAUCGAGUCAGGUUUUCGGUUGGCGUCCCCUUCGUCGCAUUUAGUUAAACGAAGCAGCAUUAAACUCCUAGGCAAACCCUACCGCACAGGCCUUCUGCAAUGGAUGGUCGAAGAUGGCCCUUCGAUUUAUUUGCAACCACUGCAGACAGUCUCAUUUGGACAGGCUUAUUUACGCCCCACUGAAAGGAUAACAGAUAAAAGCGCCUAGUUUUAUUCCUCUUCCUGGCAAGGACUGAAUAUGUAGCCUCACUGAGAAAAUGGAGCAAAAUGACUUUCGAUGAUACAGGAAGAAUGUUAGUGGGGUUUUAUGAGUGGGGUGGAUGGAGAAGGUGCUUAAGUAAGUCUGCGGAAGGCAUUGGAAAUACUCGUAUUUCUGUCAUAUGUUUGUUUUAUUGCCCUAACGAGGUGCCGGUACAGACCACACAGCUUGAAAGCUACGUAUUAAAGGCGCGUAAACGGGUUGAAAGCAGGUAAUUUGUGGUGGUUGGUUAUUGGUAGCCGGAUUGGGUAAGGCACGAUCCUAUUCGUAACCUUACCUGUAAUUAUGGCCCUAACACAACAUGCCUACUUAAGUAAAAUAAGUAGACGUGCUACAGUAAUAAAACUGGGGGUCACAUAUUCAAUCGUUGCCCUCUUUCCUUCACUCGCGAAGCAGAAGUGGUCGAAUGCGCAUUGCGGACAGAUAUUUUUGUCAAUUGACUAACACCUUCGAGGGCUUGCGAAAACUCUGCGAGCUGCACUGCUCUUGGGGAUAACUUUGCAUUUACAUGUUUGGACCUGUCCACUUCCCUGAAGAGCCAGUAGUCACGAGGAGUGCCUUCCUCCAGUCGGAGAUGCAGCUCUAGGAUGCUUUGGCUUUUGCAUCAUCACCAGACAAGCUGACAGACUUAGUAGCCCUAUUCAGCCGAGCUGCUGCAUUCUAUAGUUUAGUGUAGCUAGAUGCUAGCGGGACGAUAUUGUCAGCAUUGAUCAACCGCGUCCUGGUGAAAAUUCGCUAUCUAAAACACGAUUGGCUUUCCCAAGACUCCAGUUAGGGACGUAGUUAAGUGAGAUGGACGACGGGAUUAAGUCUUUUCAAACGCCUGUAAAAGGCCAUUGUGUGCAAGCACUCGUGCAUCGGCUAAGCAACAGUAACAGUUUAUCUUAUGCCCUCUCAACUGUGCUAUUGUUUCCUGCCCUAGGAUGGUCUGUCAGGCUGCUUCCAGUCACUGCUGUUGGAAGGCAGCGGUGAACUGCGCGUUAUUGGGGGUCCCCUUAACGGACACAGAUAACGUUUGAAUCUUCUCAUCCACACACGCACGCAUCCUCUGCCAAUGGCGAGCAUAGGUCUCGACAACAGGACAUCUAGACAGUCGUGCUCGACGACAUCCACUAUGUGCCCCACGGGGCGGAUGCAGCAUCGGCAGUUUGCGCGUACGUUAGCUCAUGGUAGGACAGACUUGCGCAGAGUCUGCUGCGCGCUCUCCUCCUUUGCCCGUUGUCCUGUCGGUUUUCGGUCGGGAAUAUACAAUGGUAAGAGACGCUCAAACAGGGCAACGGGCUCGUGGCCCAGUGGUUAGAGGCGUGGACUUCUAACUAACAGGUCGCGAGUUCGAGCCUCGGGUGUGCCACACUUCGGGGUUGGGUAUGACUGGUUGACGACGGUUAAUAAGCCAGAAAUGGCCAUCCAGGCCUCCCUUGUCUUUGUCGGUAAUACUAUACUGCCUAAAUCAGCAUUAUGCUUUGGCACUCACAGGUCGGAUCAUCUGUCACUUCGCCCUCGUAUCCAUUCCACACACAGGCAGGGGGAUGUAGGCAGAAUGACAUUACCGACAGAGACAAGGGAGACUGGAAUGGCCCUUUCUGACUUAUAAGCCGUCGUCAGCCAGUCAUACCCAAUCCCAAAGUGUAAAACACCCGAGGUUCAAACUCGCGACCUGUUAGUAAGAAGUCUACGCCUCUAACCACUGGGCCAUGAGCCCGUUGCCCUGUCGGUUUUCGAUGGGGAAUAUACAAUGGUAGGGGUGCUCACCUAUCGUUCUGACGGAACUCACUCGUUCCGUUGUGCCUUACGGGCCCUCUCUUUCUCUCUCGAGCCCAACCAGCAGCCGCACAGCGGCGCAUGAUAAAGGUAGUAUGUUAUUGCUGACAACGACAAGGGAGACUGGAGGCGUGGACUUCUAACUAACAGGUCGCGAGUUCGAACCUCGGAUGUUCCACACUUCGGGGUUGGGUAUGACAGGCUGACGACGACUAAUAAGCCGGAAAUGGCCAUUUUAGUCUCCCUUGUCUUUGUCGGUAAUGCCAUUCUGCCUAGAUCAUGUGCCGCUGCGCGGCUGCUAAUUGGGCUCAAGAGACAGCCCGCAAGGCACAACGGAACGGAUGAGUUCCGUAAGAACAAUCGGUGAGCGCUCCAUACCACCGUGGAUGGUGUCAAAUCGUCCGUCUACGCGCGCGCCAAACACGGCCUGAUUCCCAAUACGUGCACCAGGACACCGUAAGAACAGCUUGGAUCCCACAUGCGUGGUAAUUCGAAACCCAUCUUUGCACUACUCCUGUGAAAGCUCGUUUGUCGAAAAUGACGAGGACUGCCACUGCGUUCUCUGUUGUAUGAAGUCUGUCUAGGAUAUCUACAAACUCGCGCAUCAGGUAGGAGUCAUGUACUCUUCUCGCACCCACGACAGAUUCCAAACAUGCUCAAGUGGCGGUAGGCAAAGUGGCUGACCGGGCCGAAUCCACCUUUAUCCAUGCCGCAAACUUGGUGAUCGCCAACUUCACACGAACCAGUCUUCAAUAAGGAGAUGUCGGAUCCGACGCCGGUGAAGGUACCACGAAGGCCACACUAGGAAGCAGUCCAUGUAGGCUGGCCCUGAGUAGAGCGGAGUUAUGACGACAGUGGGCGACCUUCGAAGUCACGACGCGUCGUGGCCAGAAUGAGGUUACUCAGAUGUACUCAGAGGACACGCAGCGUUGGCCUCUCAUUGUGUCUCACUAGCAGGACCGAGUCAAGUCUGUGGGAUGUAAAAUCAUACUGUCUGGUUAGUAAUUCACAUUUGUUACUCGUAUACUGUCCCGUACCUCCUAUUCAACUGGCAGACAGCACUCCGACAUCCUUCCAUUUCAAUUCUUUUCGAUAUGAUGUUCGGUCCUUCUCAUACCGACCCGGGGACCUGAUCUGCAUCUCUCUUGUUGCUGUCGCUAACUGCCGUGACUUGGGAAGCUGCCAAGUAGCGUGAGGACGGAGAGGCAGGCUCCUUAGUGCGUCCUCUAUGUCGCUUCCACUGGGUUCAGAUCCCAGGCUUCCACCUUUAUUGUCGUGUGGAAACCUAGUCUAAUGUGUGAGACGCGUAGACGAGUUGUUAGGCCCUGUCAGCCACUGCACGCGCGAUCCGGUCUUCUUAACUCCACCUUGGCACCGGGUGCAGGAGAUUGAAGGGGGGGGGAGAAAGUGCGAUAGAUGCAACGCAAGUCUGCCAUGACUGCACACCUAUUCAAGCGCGGCCACCGCGGCUGCGUCCAGUCUGCUGUGGGGCACGCGACGGACUUACAGUAGGUGGACUAACUUUUGAAAUGUCCGGCCGAAAUUUCGAAAUGCGUUCUCGUUUCGAAAAAAUUAAUCAAGCAUGGUUGUAACAAUAAUCAUCGUCCAGCAUAAUUCUAUGAUGAUCCAGUUACCUCAGGGUGCCUUCUUUCGAAUGAACUGCUUGCGAGAAUUAUACUCUGCAGAAAAUGGCCACUUAAGUAGCAUGCAAUUUUCUCAUUGAUUUUCGAUGCCCUUGAAAAUGCAAUUAUAUUUCAUGGAAAACAUGCAUAAAUGUAUUCAAUCUUUCACUUAUUCGGUAGAAAAUCACAUCCUCUUUCAAUUUUAUACUCGAAGGAGGGACAUAAUUCCGUUUUAAAAAACUUUUCCAAUUCCCAAAUAAUUUUGUACCCGACCUGCUGUUAUUCUUGCAUUCAGGGUUUCAAAACUACAAGCCGUAUAUUUUCCGUGUAUGGAAAACCAUACAUUUCAGUACGGUAUUAAGAGGAGACCAUAUGGGGUUCAUAAAAUUAAGCAGUAGAUUUAAGCAAUAUUGUUAGCUUUACCAGCCGCAUUGGUAAAUUCAGGUACAUGACGUUUUAUGAACGGUCAUUUCACGGUAUCAAAAAAUCUCACGAUUAGAAACUUUUUUGAAACCGAAUUAUACUCUUCCUUCGAGUAUAAAAUUGAAAGAAGACGUUAUUUUUUACCGAACAAAUAAAAGAAUUAACAUUAUUGUGCAUUUUUUCAUCAAAUAUAAUUGAAUUUUCGAGGUCAUUGGAAAUCAGUGAGAAAAUUGAAUGCUACUUAAGUAGUCAUUUUUUACCGAGUAUAGUUCUUGCAUGAAGUCGGAAAUAAUUUCUUUCGAAAGAAGACACCCUGAGGUAACUGGAUCAUUAUAGAAUCGCGCUGGACGGUGAUUAAUUUUACAACCCUACUUAAUUAAUCUUUUCGAAACGAGAACGCAUUUCGAAAUUUCGGCCGACAUUUAGUGAGUUAGUCCACCUACUGUAGUUUGUAACGACGGUCGAACUGUUGGUGCACUGAGGGGCAUCAAACUGAACUGUGGGUAUUUUUUUAAUCCGACACGAACACCACGGAAAAAUUUUCCAAGUGACUUGUUUUGGCAGCACGUAGAGGCACUGGCUAACCGGUCUGGAUGUAUGAAGAUUAUGUCCCAUGCUUGUCAAUUGGCUGUGCACUCUUGAUUGGAAAUUUACAGAUAUCCAUCAACGCUUCCAGUGUUUCAGCGGGCCAUGCAUUCAGCAGCCGUUGUCUUUAACCAGCCUUCCCACGUCACAACAUCAUUUCACAGCACCGAAGUUUAUGUAGUUGGUUUGCUUUUACGGAAAAACUGGAAAUAGCUAUUUGGUGGGGCCUGGGUUUUACUCAUUAAUUCCCCCAUAGGUUGCUUCUUUUCAUUACGCCAAACAGGUUUACUGCACUUCCGGUCAAAUAACUGUAGCUGGUCUGUUUGAAACCGCAUUUAUACACAUGGUCAACUACGGGGAGAUUGACGAAAAGUCGCCUCCUUGAAGUUUGGCAUUCUUACCGGAAUUUCAUGGUCUGUUGUGAUGUCUACGACGUUGAGUUCAACGAACUGGCGAGAGUUCUUCUGUUUCCUUUGCCUUUUUCUUAACUGACUCCUGUCUCACCCUCUCAGGAGAAUGAGGCCGUUGUUCGUGAGCAGGCUGCCAACUUUUCGGAGGAGUUUCGUCUCCUGAAGAUUUGGCAAGACCAACCGAACCCCGAGCUGACCUCCGACUCUGCACAAGCCUCCGUCAUUCCGCGAGCACCCUGGAAGACCCGAGGCGUCGGCGACGAUAUGUUGUGCUGCGUCCGCGCCAACCCCGAAAAGGACUUGACUGUCGGUUUUUUCGUUGCCUGUUUCAAACGCAGAACCCACAAACCGAAUGUUCCCAUUGCAUGACCCAAGCUGUCUAAUAAAUUCCCGUCACUACCAAUUGAAUGUUUGCACAUUAAUCAAGCCUGCUUAAAUCGUGUUUCAGUAGAACUCAUUUAUAGCGAAGAAUAAUCUGUUCGACCACCCUACUAUGGAUUCGUCCACUGUAGCUACGGCUACGAACGGCGACACCGCAGAUCCCGAGGAUGUUGAAGAGCAUGGAUCCCACGAGAAAACUAACAAAAGGACAAAGUUGGAGAGGUACCUCGACAGAAAAGAGGUAGGCUACGAAGAUUUGUCAGUUUUCUUUCUUGUGAGGAUCGUAAAAGGUUGCGUAAGGCGCAGAAAAUGCGCAAGCAGGAGCGGCGAAAACAGGCUUUGCAGUCCGGCCUCGAGGUCACUCCUCGAUUGCCAAAACCGCAGAUUGUCAGGAUGUCUGAAUCAAGCUGCAAAACGCGCGUCGUACUGGACUGUGCCUAUGAUCACAUGAUGUCUUUCAAGGAUAUCUGCAAGCUCGCCCAUCAGGUAGGAGUUAUGUACUCUUCGCGCCCUGUCGAUUUAUACGCAUGUUGAUACCUUUAACUGCAUCAAUCACUUGUUAUGGCCAGUGGAUCUUCAACAAUCAGACGGUAACAAACGAGGACCCUUAUAUCUAGACGGUUAUUGCCGCCAAGUAGGCCGACCUCUGCCGCUGAAAUCCGAGCGGUAAAGGGUCUCCAAAAGUCCGUAGGUAGAGAAAAAAACGUCAGUUUAAGUCUGCAAAGGUUGUUCUGAUAAUGCUUCUGUAUGCGGGACACAGAACUCAUCCUGGAGCCUUUCUUCAGGGGAGGAGGUCGCGACCUUCUUUUACUGGCUAACAUGUUAAAUUACGCAGGUUGAUUCACCGCGGACUCCCUGGGUAGUGUUAGCUUGCACAUGACUUAACCUCCACCCUACUCUCCUUCCAACCUCCCACAACAUACAGUAAGUGACUGAUCUCAUGAAAUGUUGGCUGAAAUUCUGCAAUGCGUUUUCGAUUAGGAAGGAUAACUUGGGCGCGGUUGUAAUACUUAUUAUCUUGCGGCAUAAUCUUAUAACAUUUCGGACUCGGCAGAAUGUCAGCUUUCAAUCAGCUUUCAUUUCAAUCUCCUGUAGAAGCCGUACUCGGUAAAAAAUGACUACUUACGUAGCAUGCAUUUUUCCCAUUGAUUUUCGAUAGUCUUUCAAAUUCAAAUUUGCCUUAUAGAAACCAUAAACAAAAUAUGCUUUCUUUCAGUCAAUUAAUAGAGAAUCACAUUUUUAUAUUUUAUUCUCAAGAAAGGAGUAUAAUUAGGUUUUAAAAAAGUUUCUAAUUAUGAGAUUUUUAAGACCGCGCGAUGUCCAUUCACAUAGCAUCGUACCUGGCCAUUUACCACUGCUCCUCAUGAAAUAUGCAACAUAAUCCACAUCCAUUGCAAAAUUUUAUGGACUCUGUAUCAUAUCUUUUUAAUGGCAUAAAAAAAUAUAUGCUUUUCUUUACGUGGAACGCAUGCACCUUGUAGACUGAAAUCACUAAGCGCUAAUGCGACGAAUGAUAAGGCUCCAAAUUAUGCGGCAAUUAGAAAACUUUUUGGAAACUUAAUAAUACCCAUUCGUUGAGUGUAAAAUAUAAAUAAGAUGUGAUUCUCUAUUAAUUGACUGAAAGAAGGCAUAUUUUGUUUAUGGCUUCUAUAAGAUAUAUUUGAAUUUGCAAUGCAUGCUACUGUGUGGCGUCCAUAUAUACAGCAUCGUACAUGCUCCUCAUGAGAUGUGCAGCAUAGCCCAAAUCCAUCGCGAACUUUUAUGGACUCUAUGGUAUCUUCUUAAAGGCAUAGAGGAAUAUGUGAUCUUCCUUACGCGGAAAGCAUGCACCUUGUAGACUUAAAUCGCUAAACGCUAAUGCAAUGGCAGAUCGGGCUGAAAAGUAUUCAGGAAUUGGAAAACUUUUUUUAAAACCUAGAUGUACACUUUCUUCGGGUAUUAAGUAUGAACACAAUUCGAUUUUCCACUAAAUUAAUAAAAGAAAGCAUAUUUUGUGCACGUUUUCUAUAAAAUACAUUUGAAUUUAUAAGACCGUCGAAAAUCAAUGUGAAAAAUGCGUGAUACUUAACUAGUCAUUUUUUACCGAGUGUAGUUUUGGCAGGAGGUCGAAAAGAAGUGCAUUCAAGAGCCGACAUCCUGGCGAGUCUGAAAUACUAUGGAAUUAUGUCUCAUGAUAAUCAGUAUUAAAACCCCUUCCUAAUCGAAAACGCAUUUCAGAAUUUCAGCCAACAUUUCAUUAGAUCGGUCACUCACUGUAAUACCCGCAUUUGUGCGUGUCAGCUAUCUGUUCAUAAAGGUGUACGAGGCUGACUUCAAUGCCGAUGUUGAUCCACUGCGGCCUCCCUGGGUGGUGUUACCUUGCACACGACUCACUCACCCACUCUCCUUCCAGCCUCCCACAACAUACAGUGAGUGACCGAUCUCAUGGAAUGUUGACUGAAACUCUGAAGUGCGUUUUCGAUUGGGAAGGAUUACUUAGGUGGGGUUGUAACAAUGAUUAUCUUGCGGCAAGCUCCUAUAAUAUUUCCGACUUGGUAGGAUGUCAGCUUUUGAAUGCACUGCUUUUCAAUCUCCUGUAGAAACCGUACUCGGUAAAAAAUGACUUCUUAAGUAGCAUGCAUUUUCCCCAAUUGAUUUUCGAUUGUCUUGCAAAUUCAAAUAUAUCUUAUAGAAAUCAUAAACAAAAAUAUACUUUCUUUCAGUCAAUUAAUAGAGAAUCACGUCAUCUUUAUAUUUUAUACUCAAGAAAGGAGUAUAAUUAGGUUUUUAAAAAAGUUUCUAAUUAUGAGAUUUUUAAGACCGCACAAUGUCCAUUCACAUAGCAUCGUACCUGGACGUUUACCACUGCUCCUCAUGAAAUGUACAACAUGUUCCGCAUUCAUUGCGAAAUUUCAUGGACUCUGUAUGAUAUCUUUUUAAUGGCAUAGAAAAGUAUGUGAUUUUGCGCGGAACGUAUGCACCUUUUAGACUGAAAUCACUAAACGCUAAUGCAGCGAAUGAUCAGGCUCCAAAUCAUUCGGAGCAGUUUCUACAGGAGGUUGAAAAGCAGUAUAUUCAAAAGCUGACAUUCUGCCGAGUCCGAAAUGUUAUAAGAUUAUGCCGCAAGAUAAUAAGUAUUGCAACGCACCCAAGUAAUCCUUCUUAAUCGAAAACGCAUUUCAAAAUUUCAGCCAACAUUCCAUGCGAUCGGUCACUCACUGUAGUACCCGCAUUUGUGCGUGUCAGCUAUCUGCUCAUAAAGGUGUACGAGGCUGACUUCAAUAUGGCGGAUCACGCCUCGGCGACAGAUGCCAUCAAGCAGCAGCAGCCGUUGCGGCCUCGUCCUUAUCUUCAUCGCAAGGGAGGGUCUCAUCAGAGCAACGAUUUCCUGCCUUUAGUAAUAAGUUUAGGACGCGUUAUUGUGAGGAAGUGGGUGCUGGAUCGACUAAACUGGUACUCGUUGGCGCGGUAGUGAAUUUUCCAGACACGACGAUCUGACCAGCUGGCGUAGUCCAAGUCUAACCAACUGACUGACGUGACUUGCUACCUCUAAAUGACGCAUGCUAGACUUCUGUCAUAUCCCCUGGUUUGGUCCAACCGUGGCAGUCAAGGAUGUAGGCUCAACUGUGAUCGCACACAAUAAUUUCAUUCAAGGAGCUAUGAAAACAGGUUUAUUCUGUACACAGGGAAGAUUGCCGUGAGUUGGCUGUCUGCUUGCGUGUCAGAGCAAAGCCCCCAUUCGGAAGGGCACCAAUCGCGGUGUGGAGUGGUGUUCACGUUAGUCGGACAUGUACGCACCGGCAUGAAGAAGUGAACAGCUGAGUGUUGAUCAGCUAAUUGCUUGCUAUAUGGGCUGAAUGUAGGGCGCAUAUUCGGGAGUGACGAAAAAUCAAGGAGGAUACGCCAUUAUAAAAAGUUGGGCGAUUGCGCGGUUGCCUCACAACCAAACAGCGAGUUUUAUAUUGGAGACUCAGGAAUCUCCCAGGUUAUCCUUCUAACAUCUAAACACUUAUCUUCUUACCAUCCCGAUUCCCGCACAGAUCUCAAACUGUUACUCCAUUAAUCGACAUCUGCCCUCCCCUGUCCAACUCUACGUCACUGGACUCGGCUCCGCCUUUAGGGAGAGUUCAACGCCUUCGCCGAUCACCGAGCAGUGCCAGCCGAAUGUCCCUGAGGCUGCGUCUUCAAGGAGCACUUCGGAGCAGGCCGCCGGUUGCGUCACGACGCGUCCCCCGGCCUCGAAGAGUACCCUAUCUCGACUGAACCUGGUCAGCGCAGAGAACUGGGACCUCUUCCUGAAAAUGGUACUUUGACCGUGCCAGUCUUUUCGGCCGCCUUCAGAUCUACCAAGUUGCUUCUAUCCUGUUACUCGUUUUCGUUCUCCUUCCCCGUUCCUUGUAGGAAGAUUUCACCGAGCUUUUCCCAGCAACUUCAAUCGUCUACCUCUGCGCCGAAGCUGACGAUGAGCUUCCGGACGAGUUUAUUUCCCCUGGAGUGAACAGUGGCGGUGAGGAAGGACCAAAAUUUACCUCCGACGAUGUUUACGUUAUUGGCGGUCUGGUGGAUCAUAAUUCUCAUGUAGGAUUCUGCCACCGUCAGGUAUUACUUUUAUAAAAUUUGCUACUUGUGCAUAAUUAGUAAACGUGUUUGGCGAGUUAAAAUAAUCGGCUUCCUGUUUAGGCCUCUGAGCGCGGCCAUCGGACAGCUCGUUUACCUCUUGACCGUACCGGAAUCGUUCUCUCCGGGCGCAAGGUUCUCAGCCUUAUGCAUGUUUUCCAGGCACUUGCGGGCGUCCUGGGCGGCGGUUUAGACUGGACCACAAGCCUCAACGCUGCUCUACCUUCUCGCAAGUGCGCCACUUCCACAAUGACGCCUGCGCCAUUCUACGCUGCAACCCUCAAACACUCUUCCUCAUACUCAAAUAUUUCUCAUCCUGAUAAUUUCUGUUCGCCUUUGUCAAACGAGCCCACAUGA